AGAGAGAGUGUGUAGGGUGGAGAGAAGGAAGGAUACUGCCUUUCUUUGUCCUCCUCCCAACUUGGAUGAGAACAAGUUGAGAGGGAUUUACAGAAAAAAAGGAACCCAGAGGAGCGCAGAGGACUCCGGAGAUUGGCGUGGAUCGUGGGUCGUCGUGAGGCGAGACCACUGGAUUUUUGGGUCCCCUGAAUUUGGGUUGAGACUGGUGUGGAGAUGGGGCCUCUCCUGAGAAGUCUGAUAUUUCUGCUCUGCCUCUCUCUGUGCACUACACAGACACUGGACCUCAAUGGGAACAACGUCUGCUGGGAUCUAAGGAAUCCUUCCACUCUGGUGUGUUGCAUUGGAUGGCAACAAGAGGGGAAGGAGUGCACUAUACCUGUGUGUGAAGGAGAGCAUGCCUGCCAAGGGGAUGAGAUCUGUGUGUAUCCUGGUGUGUGUCGCUGCCCACCUGGCUACUAUGGACCUCACUGUAAAACACGCUGCCCUCCUGAGUUCUGGGCACCAAACUGUCGUAAGCUGUGCCAGUGCUACCCACACGGCCGCUGCCAUCCCGUCACUGGUGAGUGCACCUGCAACCCCAAUCGCUGGGGUCCGCUCUGCCAGCAUACCUGCAAGUGUGCCCGCUAUGGACAUUGCCACCCCAUCCAUGGCAACUGCACCUGUGACGAGGGCUGGUGGACCCCAACUUGCGCCAAGCCUUGCCAGUGCUUCAACGGGGGCGCAGUUGGGGCCGCAUGUGAUCAAGUGACAGGCAGGUGCCGGUGCCACCAAGGAUACUGGGGGCAGAAGUGCCUCAUGACCUGUAACUGCUACUUGUCCCCCUGCCAUCAGUGGACCGGAGUGUGUGAGUGCCAGGGAGGCUGGUGGGGGCCCAACUGUGACCGUCGCUGUAACUGUGACCUGGCACACAGCCACUGUGACCCAGUGGAUGGACAGUGCCUGUGCCAGUCAGGGUAUAAGAGUACAUUCUGCAACCAGAAAUGUGAGGCAGGAAAGUAUGGCAGCGGGUGUAUGAUGAGCUGUGGUCACUGUAAAGAUGGGCACCCUUGCGCUACCACUGAUGGGGGGUGUGUUGCUUGUAAGCCUGGUUGGGACGGCCCACGCUGUGAUCGUCUAUGCCCUUCUGGUUACUUUGGUGAGGGAUGCCAGGAGAAGUGCCCGCAGUGCAGGAAUGGUGAAAGCUGUGACCCGAUAACAGGAAACUGCCGGUGGUGUGAUCCUGGAUGGACUGGAACCAGCUGUAACAGCAGCUGCCCGACCCCCCAAUAUGGCCUGAACUGUUCUUCUGUCUGUGAUUGUGGAGAAGGUGUCAGCUGCCAUCCAAUUGACGGCAUCUGCAACAGUAGUGGUCAUGGGGCUCUGCUAGCAGGUGUCCUGGUUCCUCUGCUCCUGGUGUUCCUGGCUGUACUCUGCUGCUGUCUUUGUUGCGGAGAGGGCCCAGCUGAAGGCAAAGACAGGGGGACCAUGAGUGAUGGAAGCACGUCAGCUCGGAUUAAAUAUCAUGUCUAUAAUGUCAUGGCUAAUGUCGGCGCCGCCCUCCCUUGUACAUCUGUUUGGUCCUCUGGUUUGCCUCGUGUCACAGUAUCUCACCACGACCCCGAGCUGACCUUCAACCACAGCUUCAUUGAGCCACCAUCCUCUGGCUGGAUGACUGAGGGCUCCUCCUUUGACAGCGAUGAGGAGGAGGGAGAGGCUCUCUACUGUGUUCCACCAAGGGAAGAUAUUCCUGCAGUGGCGGGUGGCGAGUUCCAGGAGAUGGCCUCUAAAUGUAACAUGUUCUUGGAUCCAUCAGGCUUCAGUGGUGAGGACAUUGCUCUAUCUUUCUCCAUCCCACGUACAUCCAGCAUCGCCAAGUCCAAGCGGCCCUCAGUCUCCUUCGCUGAAGGUACCCGUUUCAGCCCCAAGGAGCAGCGCGGUUCAGCCCAGGAUUUAGGCGCUCCCCCUGGACCAUCACGCACCAAAACCAAAUCCUCCUGGGGGGUUUUGAUGCUGUCUGCCCUCCAGGCUCAAGGAGGUAUGGGUAGAUCUGGAGAGGAAGACAGAGCCGAAACAGAGGAGAGAGAAAAGGAGGUGGAAGGGAAAGGGGAAGACAAUCAGGAAACAAGCAGUGAAACAGGGGAACAUGGAGCAGACAGGACCUUAACUACUCCAUCCAACAUCACCUUACAAGUCCCUGGGUCAUCAGGACGAAGACACACUAUGUCCAACACUACGUCUCAGAAAGGUGCCCAGGUGCCAGCAUCUACCCCUGAUGCUCAGGUGGGAGUCACUGAAAAGGUCACCACUGUAUAUGUGACAGUGGGAAGGGCAGGUAGGCCUACAUCUAAAGUAGAGAACCCCUCUGAGGGUCCUGUUCAAGCUAUGCUACGGAGGCUUGGCAGCCUCCAGAGACAGAAAGAGAAGGAGACCUGGAGGCCCAUUGCUAAGGCUGAUGGGAUUAUCAAACCUCCCAGGAGGAAGCUUGGGGCCCGGGCUAGUAUGUGGGAGCAAGGGGAACCUUCUGGAGGUGGGGUUAGCAUAUCCAAGCCUAGCAGAAAAAAACAUACUUCCCUCAACUCACCCAGCAUAAUGGGUUCAAAUGACAGUCCACAGUCAGAGCAUGGCACUGAAAAAAGGCCAUUGUCAUCUAUUUUAAAGAAUACUCCAAAAGCGGUGUACUCUUCAUCUGAAUCUGGCUUGGAGAUGAAGGCUGAGGAAGCCAGGUUCCAGAGUGGUACCGCAAACAUUGGACAAACUGAGAGUAAUACACCAACUGUGGGACCAGCUGCAGAAGCUGGGAGUUUCACAGAGGUCAUCGCUAACGAAGGGGUGGAGUUCACUGUGAAUGAUGAGCCCAACUACGAAAACAUCUUAAUCAACCAUUCAUAAUGUAUGGAUCUUUAUUUCUCUAUUAGUCUGGACUUAAUGAACUUGCAGACAUGAACAAUGUUUUAGUAAAUCCUAAAAGUUCAAAGAGAUUUUCAGCUUAAGAAACUGAAAAAGAAUUACAAGUUGUAACAUAUUGUUGAAUAUCAAGUAUCAUUAUAAGACGCACUCCCAACACAUUGUCAUCAUACCGGCAAUGGCCAUUUUAUACUGUAGGCCACAAACAGAAAAUUGAUAUAAUUCUCGAUCCUUUUCAUUCAUUCUACUGCUGUGUUGUAGCCACACUGAUUAAUUGUUAUACAAUAAAGUACUGCAAUCGAUACAU